AAUGGAGACCAUGAAGGUGAAGAGGAUCUCAGGAAUAGCCAAGGCAGUGGGAAUAGCACUUUGUGUGGCCGGAGUGGUGAUGACUGCCCUCUACAGAGGCUCUUACAUCCAUCCCCUGAACCUCCAUGGCUCCUCCGGCCGCCACACAAGUCCAACACACCAGAAGGCAGCUCUGCCAAAGACCACCUGGAUCAAAGGCACCCUUUUCAUGAUCACCUCCAACAUAACCUGGGCAUUGUGGCUUGUCUUACAGGGGAUGUUGCUGAAGGAGUACACUUCCAAGCUUCUCUUCACAACACUCGAGUGCCUCUUCGGCACAUUUCAGUCGCUGUUUGUUGCGAUAGCAUUCGAGAGGGACAGCUCCAAGUGGAAGCUGCAGUGGGAUAUGGGCCUGCUUGCCAUCCUCUACAGUGGGUUUGUGGUGACAGGAGUUUGUUUCUAUUUGCAAACAUUUUGUGUCGAGAAGAAGGGCCCUGUGUUUUCGGCAAUUUUCACACCUCUAAAUAUUGUUUUCACCAUGAUAUGUUCAUCUGUUUUCCUAGGAGAGAUGAUUUCUGUGGGAAGGUGUGGGGCCUACGCAUACCUGUAUUUUAGGUGGACUUCUUAUGGUUGGAGGCCUUUAUGGAGUACUAUGGGGAAAGAACAAGGAAAGAGCUCUCUGUCAGGUCUCAAUCGAAGAAGGAAAGGCAGCACAUGCAGGAGAAGGAAGCAACAUGGCCUGAACUAUUUUGAUGUUAUUUCUACUUUGAAACAUGAAAGAAAUCCUUGUGUUGAAGAAAUCAAGAGUUGGAAGUGCUACCAAAUGAAAUCUGCAGCUAAAUUUUGAGUUCAUGUUGAUCAACCAAACAGCCAUGGUUUAUGAAUCAAAACAGUGAAGAAUUUUGUUUUUUGUA